AUGGAAGAUGACGACCUUAUAGUGGUCGACGACGACGUUUCACAGACGCCGCAGACACCCCUGGCGGGGCCAAGCAGCCGCGCAGCAGCGACGGCAUCGCCAGCGACAGGGAUCCGCUCUUCGCUGCGCCAGCGGCGGAACACACCGCCGUCGUACGCGGCGCAGAUGGAGGACGACGAGCUGGACACGCGGCGCACGCGCUCAUCCACGUACCGCGGCAGCGUCUCCGGGAGCAAGCCGCAGCCGAAGCUGAGGCUGAAGCUGAGCGACAAGGCCGCGGCGCUCGCGCCGGGCAUGUCGUUCCUGGGCCCGUACGACCGCGAGCUCGACUCGGACGACGAGGACCUCGCGUUCGAGGAGCAGUUCGUCUUGCGCAUGCCCCCCGGCGAGGACUGUGACCGCCUGCGGAAGAUGGUACAGAAUAGGGACGUGGAAGGCGAUGUGUGGUUCAAGUUCAAAGGUGCACCAGACGUGCUUUCGCAGAUGGACUUUGAAGUUUCUGACUGGGAUGUGUAG